AAACAGAGUAGAAGCGUACACAGAUUCUGUCCCCACCAACAAAUACGGCUAUAGGAAUCACGCAACCAGGCCAAGGCUGAUUUCCCCCCCUCUCUCUCUCUCUCUCAUUUCAUCAAACAGUUGGGGGAAGAGUUAGGCUCUCAAAUGCACUAAGACAAACACGCCAAAGAAGAAUAUGCAGGGAGUAAUCGCGUCGAGGUGCUCCAGAAUCAUCAACAACGCCGUCUCCUCCCGUGUUAAUCUCGUAGUUCACGCAGUUCUCAAACCGCCUGGCGUUCCGAUUCAGCUAAAUCCGAACUCCGUUGCUACUGGCGCCAGAACUCUCUCGAGUAAACCCAGAUUAUGGCGCUCCGUCAGAACUGUGCCGUCGGCGCUCAAGCUCAACGCCUUCCUAUCCGAUUUUCCUUCCCGACCUCCUCAAAACGCGGGAACCAACGGCGAUCAAAACUCACCGCCGAAUGGGUAUGCAAUGUUCUCGACGGAGGCAGCUCCAGGACCGAAGCAAGAGAAGAAGACGUCGUUGACCGAAAAUGGAGCUUCCGGAGAGACUAAAAUCAUCGCAACUCUAGCUAAAUACUUGUGGAUGAAGGACAAUUUUGAAUUUCGGUUUCGUGUCAUUGCUGCCUUAGGUCUUCUGAUCAGUGCCAAAGUAAUUAAUGUUCAGGUGCCGUUCUUGUUCAAGCUGGCUGUUGAUUGGCUAUCAACAGUGACAGGCAAUGCUGGUGGUCUUGCUGAGUUCACUGCUGCCAAUUCUACUGCUCUAGCUCUUUUUGCUAGCCCUGCGGCAGUUCUAGUUGGUUAUGGUAUAGCGCGGCUGGGGGCAUCUGCUUGUAAUGAACUAAGAACUGCCAUAUUUUCCAAGGUGGCAUUGAGAACAAUUCGGCAGGUUUCUAGGCAGGUCUUUUCACAUUUGCAUGAUCUUGACCUGCGAUAUCACCUGAGUCGAGAAACGGGUGCUCUUAAUCGUAUCAUCGAUCGUGGUAGCCGGGCUAUAAACUGGAUUCUUUCAUCAAUGGUCUUCAAUGUUGUACCAACUGUGUUAGAGAUAUCAAUGGUUGCUGGUAUCCUUGCCUAUAAGUUUGGAGCAACAUUUGCAUGGAUUACUACAUUUUCUAUGGCAGCUUACAUAGCUUUCACAUUAACUGUGACACAGUGGAGGACUAAGUUUAGGAAGGCAAUGAAUAAAGCUGACAAUGAUGCAAAUACGCGUGCAAUAGAUUCCCUAAUAAAUUAUGAGACUGUCAAGUACUUUAACAAUGAAGCCUAUGAAGCUGAUAAAUACGAUGAGUUUCUUGAGAGAUACGAAGAUGCUGCCUUAAAAACUCAAAGAAGUCUUGCUUCUUUGAACUUCGGGCAGAGUUUGAUAUUCAGCAUUGCUAUCUCAACUUCUAUGAUUUUGUGUUCAAGUGGGAUCAUGCAAGGAAAUAUGACUGUUGGGGACUUGGUCAUGGUAAAUGGACUUCUUUUUCAACUCUCUCUUCCACUCAACUUCCUUGGAGGUGUUUAUAGAGAAACGGUUCAAAGUUUGGUAGAUAUGAAGUCCAUGUUCCAAUUACUUGAGGAAAAAUCGGAAAUUGUGGAUAAACAUGACGCGAAGCCUUUGGAAUUGAAUGGGGGGUGCAUAGAAUUUGAAAACGUUGACUUCAGCUACCUCCCAGAAAGAAAGAUUCUGGAUGGUAUAUCAUUUGCUGUGCCAGCUGGGAAGAGUGUAGCUAUUGUUGGAACCAGUGGAAGUGGAAAGUCAACUAUUCUAAGAUUGCUAUACAGAUUUUUUGACACCCAUGCUGGACACAUAAAGAUAGAUGGGCAAGACAUCAGGGGAGUAACACUCGAGAGCCUUAGGAAAUCCAUUGGCGUUGUUCCUCAAGACACUGUUCUAUUCAAUGAUACUAUAUUCCACAACAUUCACUAUGGUCGCCUUGCAGCUACGCAGGAGGAGGUAUUUGAUGCCGCUCGUCGAGCAGCUAUUCACGACACAAUCAUGAAAUUCCCGGAGAAAUAUUCUACUCUAGUAGGGGAAAGAGGACUUAAGUUAAGUGGUGGUGAAAAGCAAAGAGUGGCACUUGCUCGUACAUUCUUGAAAGCACCUCCUAUAUUGUUUUGUGAUGAAGCUACAAGUGCGCUUGAUAGCACAACAGAGUCAGAGAUUCUAAAUGCUUUGAAAUCCUUGGCAAAUAAUCGGACUUCAAUUUUCAUUGCUCACAGGCUCACAACAGCAAUGCAGUGUGACGAGAUCAUAGUUUUGGAGAGCGGAAGAGUAGUAGAGCAGGGACCUCAUGAUGUUCUCUUGACCAAGUCUGGCCGAUACUCACAGCUUUGGGCACAGCAAAAUUCCACUGUUGAUGCCAUUGAUGCAGCCAUCAAAUUGGAAGCAUGAGUUCCAUUCUAAUUUUAUCUCAAAUUAUUACUCUAGUAUUUAUUUUGCUUGCACAUAGAAACAUAUGAUAGAUAUAUAAUUGGGGGUUUUCAGUUCAUAUAAACAUGUGGUAGUAUGAAUGAGGGACCAUUGACUCUAUAAUUCCUGCAGGUCUACAGAUAAGUUACUGCCCGAGUAAUUUGUCGUCGAAAA